AUGGCAUUCAGGCACCCUGGAUCACUUACACUAGCCGCUAUAUUCCGACAGUGGCCUCGAGUUGUGGCUGGCGUGCGGACAGUCUCGGCUACAUCAAGCAACCGCGCAUCUGCCAUCUUCUCGAACGAGCCUUCCAGGCCAAAGAUAAUGACAUCCUCACUUCCCAAACCUAAAGUAAAGGCCGGUCUCGCAGAGUUGGAGGAAGUUUUUGAUACCAGAAGUGCGAACAUUUCGGUCGACUACAAGAGGUCGACAGGUAACUGUAGAUUUGCCCAAAUCGCCUCAAUUCCUCUCGAGGAUAACAAUCCAGAACUCAACCGCGCCUCUGUAAGCCCAGUCGUGGUCCGCGCCAUCGCCAGCCGGCCAGCACUCGGAAGUUUUCCAUCGGCAGACUACGCAGACCUCCUCAAGACCGGCAUCUUGAAAGCCACGCCGCAAGGUCUAAAUCAAAUCUUCACGGCAAUCACAGGAUCUGACGCAAACGAGACAGCGUACAAGGCCGCCUGCAUUUGGGAAGGGGCCAGGGAACCUGUCACGAGAUAUGGAUGUGGUUAA